CGGAUCAAUAUUCAAUAGUGAAGACGUGAAGUUAUUGAUUUAUUAUUUAAUACCUAUUAAUAAUAAAUAAUAAUUUAUAUAUAUAGAUUUUAUAGGUAGAAUGUAGAUUAUAACUUUUCGGAGUUUACAAUAUAUUUAAGACUUCAUUGUUAUUGUAUGAUAGAUCUUUAAUCAUUGAAUUUAAACAAGAAGAAAAAUCAUCGCCUGCAAUGUCUUCAAUCAGAGAUUUUUUCCCUAUCGAAUAUAGAGCCGGUGGAGCCAAACCCAAGAAGAAUUUUAUUCAAGAGAAUAAGAGAUAUGUGACUAAAUUAGCAAAAUACACUCAAUCAUUAAAAGAAAAUGUAAAACCGUCAAACAAAUUACCAUGCACCAAUAUUCAGAAUUUUAAAUUGAGACAAGGGCCAAAUAAAGAAACCAUCCAAGAAAACUCAAAAAGAAAAAUCAAAUCUAUAGACUUGGAUCAAAUUGAUGCUAGUAUCAAAUCAAUUCGUUCUGCAAUAGCUCAAACUAAGAUUACUCAAAAAAAAUUAGGAAUCAAAAAUGUCGAAAAAUUAUCUUUUAAAGAUCAAGCUACACAAACAGUAAAUCCAUAUGAUGAUGAAGAUAAAUUAAGAGUUAAUAUCAUCAGAUGUCCUAUAUCAGAGACUUUUAUGCCUAAACCCUUUCCAACAAAACACAUGAACACUAUUUCUGUGCAAACUGAAAGUUCUGAAACGGAGUAUUCUAAUUUGAUGUCUAGAAAAAAUGUUAGUUCUGUACAUCAACAAGAUGACAAUAAAACCAAAAGGAAACAACAACAUUUAGGUGGAUUUAAAGAAAACAUAAUUGGUCAUCAUCAACCUGGGGAAAUACCAAAAUAUCUGAAAGAUCGUAAAGCACUUAAAGAAAAAAAUGAGAAAGAAAUACAAAAGAAAUUGACAAUUAGGCGUGAAUUGGGUCUUGAUGAUCCAGCAUGUCCUCCAGGUCAUGUAUUAUUACCAAAAACUGAGCGUCUGGAACAUCUAGCUAAAAUAAAAAAAGAUUAUGACCUAUUGAUAUUGCAAUUGAAUAUGUUGCCCGUCGGUUCAGAUUCAUAUAAGAUGAAAGAGAAACGUAAACAAAUUGAAAAAGAAUUGGAUCAAGUACAACUAGGUGUUAAACUAUUUUCUAAAGAGAAAUUAUACGUUAAAACCAAUCAGAAAAUAGCUGUUUCUUCCAAAUAAUUAAUACAAUAUUAUCAAAUAAAUGAAGCUGAUAACUGUGGUGUGUUAAAGUAUUUAUACAAAUAUUAAUUGUAAGUUAACCAGUUAAAUUAUUUUUAAGGAAUAUUUAUUUUAUCAAUUCUGCUGUGAUUUAUUUUAAUUUGACAAUAUUAUACAAUUAUUAGAUUAGAAUAAGAAUUUUGAAUUAAUUGUUUAUGAUGUUAUAACUUGAUUAUUAUAUUAUCUGAUUUCUGUGACUUUAAUAAUCAAUAAAAUAUUGUUAUUUU